UGCCGACUCCCACUCAGUCCUACACUCUCAACACAAAUUUCUUUACUAACUUUCCUCAGCUUCCCCAUUUGUAUCUAAAUUCCGUUUCCCACAAAGAAAAAAAGAAAAAAGAAAAAAUUAGCAAUUCAACCUUUGUUCCAGUUCUUCAAUUGGGUUAUUUUUGUACUCAAAAUAAUUUCCAUAACAAUGGGCGGCCAGUGUUUCAGUUAUGGAUCGAUCAUGGACGCUUGGUACCGUUCCUGUUUCUCCAGAGUUGGUCUUACAUCCGCCACUACCGAUCUCGGCAACGGCACCGUCAUGCACUGCUGGAUUCCCAAAACCCCAAAAGAAACCAAACCCAAUUUGGUUCUGAUCCAUGGCAUGGGAGCAAACGCAAUGUGGCAAUGGAACCAAUUCGUCCGACCACUCGUCUCCCAUUUCAACAUCUAUGUCCCUGAUUUGGUCUUCUUCGGGGAAUCCUACACCACACUUUCCGAUCGCUCCGAGGCAUUUCAGGCUCGUUGUGUUAUGGGAGUUUUGGAUGCCCAUGGUGUACGGACUACUAACGCCGUCGGGGUAAGCUACGGUGGGUUUGUGGCUUAUAGUAUGGCUGCACAGUUUCCUGAUAGAGUGGAAAAAUUGGUGCUUUGUUGUACUGGGGUUUGCUUGGAAGAUCAAGAUAUGGAAGAUGGGAUGUUCCAAGUGAAGUCUGUGGAGGAAGCAGUGAGUGUUUUGCUUCCUCAAUCGCCUGAGAAAUUGAAGGAAAUGAUAAAAAUUGCUUUUUUUAAGCCCAUUAGAAUUGGACCCUCUUGCUUGGUUAACGAUCUUAUCGAUGAAUUGUGUACUGAAUACCGUGAACAAAAGAAGGAGCUGAUUCAAGCAUUACACAAGGAAAGGAAAUUGUCAAAUCUUCCCAAGAUUACUAAUCCUACACUUAUAAUGUGGGGAGAGAAAGACUUGGUAUUCCCUAUGGAAUUGGCACACAGACUAAAAAGACACAUAGGUGAAGGAGCAGAACUAGUGGUUAUAAAGAAAGCAGGACAUGCUUUAAAUAUAGAGAAGCCUAAGGAAAUGAACAAGCUUAUUCAGUGUUUCCUUGUUGAUGCCGUCCCUUCAACUAAGGCCAAAAUACACCAUCAAAAUGACCUUAAAUCUGAGUGAAAAUGAACAUUUCCCAGAGAUUUCAAUUUCUGCGCUGCUGCUGCUGCUGCUUUUAUGUUUAUAAAAUUACAUGUGUGUAUUAAUUAUCAACAACUUGUAAUUAAUGUAAUGAAGUUUUAUAAUAGUGAAAAUGGGAGGAGCUGUGUUAAGAUUCUAUCAUAGGGAGAGACGAUGACAAUGUAACUGUUGAAUUAAAAUAUGUUGUUGAUGGAGAAAAUUAAGACUUUCAAGCGUAAGUGGUGUUAAAGAAAUAUUAAAAUUAUUAUGAAUAUGACUCCUUAUUUGAUUAUUGUUA